AUGACUGAAGCUUUAAAAUUAUUUAUAUUCGGAUGUUCCCCUCGCUGUGGUCUGGAAGAUGGCUGGGAUUGGAAGGCGAUGAAGGACGGAAGGUUUUCAACAAAAUCUGCUUAUGAAGCUCUUGUGGCCACUAGAAGUGAUUCAUCUGCUGUGACUUACCAAAACGAGACGUCUGGAAAAAUUUGGGACGCUCCGGCUCCUUUCAAGGCGAGAGUUACUGCAUGGAGAUGCCUUCGCAACAGAUUGGCAACUUGUGACAACCUCAUCAAGCGGAAGGUGGCGCUGCAGGUGGAGGAUAGCUGGUGUAACUCAUGCGCUGCACAAGAAGAAACGGCAGCACACCUAUUUCUUCACUGCCCAAAGACCGAACAGGUGUGGGAUCUCAUUCAACAGUGGGUCGGACAGAGAACGGCGAGACCCCAAGGUAUCCUACAACACUUCUUUAUCUUUGUUCAUGGAGGAAGAGGAAAAAGUAGCAAGAAGUUCCUCAAGGCGUUGUGGAUUUGCACGGUUUGGCUUAUAUGGAAGAGCCUGAAUGAGAGCAGAUUUGAAGGAAAGGUUUGCGAUGCUCAAAAAUUGGUGUUGGAGAUCAAAGGAAGAAUGUGGAGCUGGAAUCACUCUUUUGGCACCACAGUUUCGGAUGCAUGCUUUUCGAAGUGGUGUUCUCGCGAGUUCACAACUUCUUUCCUGUACUAA